AUUUUUAUGUGACGCAAUGAAAAAUCUAUGUGGCAACAAUUUUAUUUAAAAAAAAUUAUGAUAUCACAGAUAUUUUAUAAAAUUUAGUCUUAUCAUUUUUAAAAUGCACAACAGAAUGAAUACGUGUUUUACACUUCGUCAAAUUACAUAUUCUUCAAAAAAUUUCAAUCAUAAUUAUUAUUAAUUAUUUUUUAAAUGUAUUCAUUAAAUAUAUUAAAAAUUAUUUUUUUAUUAUUUUAUGUAAUUUUUUAUACAAAAGCACCAACACCUAAGAAAAAACUAAUAAUACAGUUUGAUCAGUUUCUAAACUAUCCGGGAUGGCAAAUUUUACAUGAUGUGCAUUCAAUAAAAUAUUGUAACAGAAAAUUUUAUGCUAAAAGUCUGAUUGAAACACCUACAGAAGCGAAUCGAUGUACGCAAAAGAUACGAGCCUUGAAUGUAUAUCUUGGAUGCUCAUAUGCAAAAGUUAUGAAUAAUCUAUUAUCAAUUUUUAUCAAAUGCCUACAAAAUUGUCAAAAAAAUAAUAAAGAAACAAAUGACUUAUUAAAUGGUUGCAUUAAUACCGAAGAACUAAUAAACAUAAUGGCCCUUUUUAUUGUUCCAACUGCAACAUUGAUGAAAGGAGCCGUAGACGCUUUAGAUUUAUUUUACCAAUCAUCAAUGCCUACUUUAAAAAUAAAAACACAUAAUACCUACAUAAUGAGUUUUAUUUUGGAGGCAAUAGAAGAUAUUAUUAACAAAUUAAAUAAUCCACUUCCAUCAUGUGAUGUUACAAACUCUUCAACAUGUGGAAUGUUAUAUUCAGUUUGUAAUAAUAUAAUAGACAUUUUAAAAUCUGAAACUGAGCUAAUUUGUCAUUUUGUACCUUAUGAUACGAAUUAUUUAUGGAAUAAAUGGAAUCAAGAAUAUAAAGCUAUUAUUGACCAAGGUGUAAAAAUAGUAUUUGUUAAAUUUUUAACAAGGAAAAUUAAUGAUUAUAUCAAAACAGUAGUUAUAGAAAAGUAUUUCCUACUGGGAUUUAAAUUUGAUCCAAUUACUAAAGAAACAUUUAUCCCGACAUCAGAGGAGCCAAUUAAAGCAUAUCAAGAAUUGAAAUUUAAAGCAACAGGUGAAGAACUUUCAAAGUCAAUAAAAAUAAAUCAUUAUAUGAUUUAAUAAUAUUAAUAUUGUUCUACAUUUAUAUUUUAUAAUCAAUUAGAACAUAUUAAUCCUCAAAAAAAAAUCUAAAUAUAUAUAUAUAAGACAUAUAUUUUUUUAGACGAUGAUUAGGAAUUUAAAUAACAUGAAGAAUUUUGAAUACCAAUACAAAUAAAACCUCAUUAAAUGUUGUAGUAAAUUAAUUUUGUCGUGCAAUUGUUUAAUAAUUAAUCAUAAUUUACAUUGUUAUUUUGAAAAUCUAAAUUAUUAUUAAAACAUAAACAUGAAUGGUGAAUCAUACAAUUAUUCAUUGGUUGUACUCACAGAAGUUAUAUAUAAUAUUGAUACUAUAAAUUAUACAAACUUAAUGUAAGUACAAGAAGUAAGGGGUGGGUGUUUUUAUCACCAAACAUUUUACGGCUAUACUUCUCUUUAAACCAAGCUAUAAUAAUGUUAAUAACUUCUAAAAUAUUAAUCUAAAAAGUUAUUAUCAAACAAAUCAUUUUCAUAAUUAAAUCAUUAUUUAAUAAAUCAGGGAGUUCAUCAUAUAUACUACUAUUUGAAAAAUAAAGUUACACACCAUUAUAAACUAUUACAGAUGAACAUAUAAAAUACUUCGUAAUUAAUGAAUUAAAAAAAUUAUGUACAUAUUUUGAUUAUAUAUGUGGUUUGUUAAAUUUUUUUGUCGUGUAUACUGAUUGAUUUUUUAUCAAAAUUCACUUAAUUAUUUACAGAAUAAAAAUAAAUUAUACAUUUUUAUUUCUGCUCACCUUUAGUUACAUACUAUUCUAAAAAUUCAAGAAUAAUAUGUAACUAAAGGUGCAUAGAAUGCGAAGUACAGGCGUGACUUAAUGAAAUUAAUGAAAAGUGUGAGUUAAGUUGCUUAUUAUAAUAAACAAAUAUGUUAAAUUUAAAAAAAAAAUGUAUAUAACUAAAAGUAAGAAUUAGUUUUAUGUACAUUAAACCAAUGUUUUAAAGCUAUUUCUACCUUAAUAAUAUAAUAUAAUAAUGUUUUUAUUUUUUUGGAAUGCUAACAUUAAUUUGGUAUAGGUUUGAAGAAUACCAAAGUCCCGGAACAUUAUUAAAAAUUGAAAAUAAUUUUUUUAUUGUAAUUGUUUUAAUUUGAUAGCCGAUUUCCCAUAGAAGAACAAUCGUUAAACGAUGUUUUUAUAUUAAUUACAGUACAUUUCAAACGUUUUCAUUUUAUAUAGUAUAGAAUCUAGCAUCGGCUAUAAUAUAUAUAGUAUAUAUAGCCUAUAUCACCCGUAUAUAUAUCAUUGUUAUAAAACAUUUUUAUCAACAGUGGUGGUAUAAUCUUUCAUUGUUUUAUAGAGAUACGAGGUGUGUUCAAAAAGUAAGGUGACUUGAUAUUUUUAUGAAAAACUAUUUAUUUAUUCAUCAAUGUUUAUGUUGUCCCCUUCAAAGUAAUCCCCCCCAGAUGUAAUACACUUGUGCUAACGCUUUUUCCAAUCUUCGAAACACUUCUGAUAAGCACUUUUUGUUAUUUCUUCUGGUCAAAAUUAAGCAGUUUCGGAACAAUCUUCGCUGACACACGUCUUAUGCCCAAAAUAUCCGAAAAAACUUCAUGGCACGAGCCAACCGAUAUGCCAACAUCCUCAGCAACUUCUCUGAUAGUGAUUCGUCGAUUUUCCAAAACAAUUUUCUUCAUUGCUUCAACGUUUUCAUCUGUUGUUGACGUGCUGGGACGUCCAGAGCGAGGUUCGUCAUUGGCAUCUUCUCGGCCAUCUUGGAAAAGCUUGUACCACUUAUAAAUGUUAUUUUUACUCAGAGCGGACUCACCGUAUGUUACUGUCAACAUUUCAAGUCUAUUAGAACACUUAAUUCCAUUUUUGACACAAAAUUUGAUGCAAAUUCUUUGAUCCAUUUUUUUUUUGAUAGCAGAAAAUCGCCGAGCACACCAAAAUACGUCUAAUCUUUGUAUCUGUCAAAAACAAACUAAAUAUGCUAUAUACUUGAAACUGUGUACAGAUGUUCGGUACGAGUGUACCAACAUGACAUAAAAAAAAAUCUAAGAUCGAACGGACGUAGCCCGCGAAAUUUGAAAAGUCACCUUACUUUUUGAACACACCUCGU